AUGUCGCAGGAUUUUUUAACAUCGUUGCUUGAAAAACAAGAUUGGCCUACGGGGGCUUUGUACGUGAUUGCGACUCCUAUCGGGAAUUUAGGUGAUUUAACAUGGCGUGCUGCCUAUGCCUUGGACUUGAUGGACGUCGUGGCUGCAGAGGAUACGCGGGUUACAGCUCAAUUAUUGUCGAAUUAUGGCAUCAAAGUACCGUUAAUCGCCUAUCAUCAACAUAAUGAGGCGAGUAUGUCGGCAACGAUUCUUGAACGGCUUUCUCGUGGAGAACGCGUAGGUUUGGUGACGGAUGCGGGCUGUCCUUGUGUGAGUGAUCCGGGGGCAAAAGCGGUGCAGACGGUGUUGGACGCGGGAUAUCGCGUCAUUCCUUUACCGGGAGCGAGUGCGGUGGUUGCGGCGCUUAUGGCUACAGGGGUUGACGAAAUGCUCAACCCGCAAUUCUUUUUUGCUGGCUUUGUUCCCCCUAAAUCGAAAGCACGACUUGAUUUUUUAUCUCAAUAUGUCGGGGUCGAUUAUUCCGUUUUGAUGUAUGAGUCUCCUCAUCGUAUGCUAGAUACUGCGAAGGCGUUUCAAACCGUAUUUGAACCACAUCGUAUCGUGGUCGUUGCCCGAGAACUCACCAAACGUUUCGAACAAGUCGCGUCCAUGGCUGUAUCUGAAUUCGUGUCGUGGUUAUCCGAAGAUGCACAUCGUUUGCAAGGGGAAUUUGUUAUUCGUCUUAAACCGCUCAAAAAAACGCAGGGGGCGUUAGAUUCUCAAGUAUUGGAUGUUUUGAAGCGAUGUCUUCAUUAUUUAUCUACACGAGAAGCCAGUCGUUUAUGCAGUGAGUUGACGGGUCUGCCUAAAGAUGUUUUGUAUAAGGCGGCUUUAGAUUUAAAAGAAGAUAAACAAGACAAUUUUAUAAAAACCACGUAA